AUAACGCUUGAAUAGCUUCGGGUAGAUCCUAGGUCAAGCUGUCCCAAAUUCAAACUUGACUUCAGCUGGUCACACGUCCGCACUUACUACAGUAAUACUUAACAGUUUUAGUUGGCAACUGGUUCGAUUGGACUCUCUGGGCGGCCUGGGCGCAGCAAUGUCAAGAAUGGACAAGCGAAAGACAUGCCGAAAGACACGCGAGCGACUCCACGACGUCCUUCCAUGCACACACGCAGCAUCAACGCACGCCUGCGCGGGGCGUCUUGCAGCACGUCCGCGUGGCCACUCCAACCGUCUAGUUUGUAGGAGACUGCACCGUCGGACAUGGCGCCAUCGGCCGUGUUCUGCGAGAGCGAGGAGCUCCUCCAUGCGCUCUACUGUUUCCCGCAUCGCGAGGCUGCGCGGCCUCAGACUGCCGCAGAUGCAGCAUCUCUGUCCGGCCUCUUCUUCAAGUUUGUACAGCAGAUGCUGCCAUCUGGGUCUGGGGCGGCUGGUGGCUGGGCGGAUCAGGAAGACGCGGCAUCUCUAGCGGCAACAGCCUGGUACCUGGAGUCGGGCCUGGUGACCUGGUUUCCAGAGUUCGGCUGCGCGGUCCUUGCCCGGGGGGCGCUGGCACUUGCAGAUGGGGACGACGGCGCUGGCGACCUGCGCGCACAGCCCGGCCAACUGUCUCUCCACGUGUUAGCGCUGGACGAGUGGCGGUUCACGCUCCACAGCUCCCCAAGCGGCGCAUUUCAGCACACAGCCAUGAGCACUGCCCGGCUCGGUGGAGUGCUGUUCAUGCCAUGUGGAGGCACCUGCCCACCGUCGGCCCUCACCCGCGUCAUUGGGAACGUGCGCGACAUCAUUCACCGGAGCCAGGACGCCAAGAUCAGGAGCAACGAGAAGGGCUUUCAGCGCACCCCCGCCUUCAUCCACGCCGCCGUCCUGGAUGCCUUAGCGCUGGAGGUGGCUGGCGGCGGUGGCACCACCGGCACUGGCAGUUGGAAGAAGACAGUCGCUCGGGGCGGCACCACGGAUGUGGGUCAGCACACCGGCGGCGACACGGUGCGGAACACGUGUUGGCCGCUGGUGCAAGCGACCAUCCAGGUCUCCUUGCUGCGCAUGGGCGUGUGCGGCCCCCACCAGCAGCCCAACCUGUUGUUCCGCCGCGCCAUGGCCCACAUGGACCUGUGGCUGCUGCGCCGCCAGGUGCAGUGCAUGGACAGCCCCAGCGCCGCCACGCCGGUCGCGCUCACGGCGACCAUGCACAUGCUGCAGGCCACUGCCGCCAAGGCCGCGAACCUGGCGGCGGAGGGCGAGGACGUGUCGACCUUUGAGAAGGCGUGCCAGUCAGUGCGGCAGUCGCUGGAGGCAGUCGCGUCGGAACGGGCUUGGAAGGCAGCGGAGCAGCACUGCGUACCGCCCGCAGGCUCGGAAGCUGCGCUCGGCGAGUUGCUGUGGCCUAGAGGUACGCUGCCAGGGCUACCGCCAGCUCAGCUGGCAGCUGGUGGGCUGGAGGCUGCUAAGCAGCGGGAGAGUGCCAACCUGGGCACAGUGCCGCUGCUGGAGCCCGGCGCGUCCUUCCAGAAGGUACUGGGGAUGCUGCAGGAGCCGCUGUGGGUGCAGCCCUCGGGCGACGCGGCGGCUCAGCUCGUGUUGCGAUCGGUUGAGCAUGACUUGUUUGCGCGCGUGACCCAGCUGGCGACGGGACGCAAUGGAGGCAGCAGCAGCCACACUGCGCAGAUGUCCGAUGCCGACCUGUCUGCGCUGACGGCGGUGGUGGACAGCUACCGCGACGCGCUGCACAGCUUCCUGCGGACGGCGGCGGCGCAGUCGGUGAUGCAGUGCGAGCUGCGCAGCCGCGAGGUGCUGGUGGUAUGGUGCGCCUACUGUCUGGCGCACAAUGCUGAAGCGCGGCGGCAUGGACUGGUGCGGGAGUACCAGCCUGCGCUGCAGUUUGCCGACCUGCGGCACUUGGUGCUGUCGGACAGGCGGGCGGUGGACGCGCUGCUGGCGGUGGCGGCCUACCUGCACAAGCAGCAGCAGUGCGGUGGGCCGCUGCUGUUCUCGCUGCGGGAUGGCGGCAGCGGCACAUUUCGCUUCGCAGAGCGCUUUGCCGCCGCAGAUGGCCACCUUCAACAGAUCCUUGUGAGCGAGAGGCAGGAUGCGGACCGGCGACAGAGCGCCCACUGGGACAAGGUGCAGCAGCAGAAACGUGAUCUGCAGCAGGCUCGGCAGCAGCUGGCGGCCCUGAAAGCGGCGGAAACAUGCUUGCAUGAGCACUUGGUGAAGCACGAUCAGGAAACGACCUAUCUGCAGCAAGUACAACAACAGCUGGCGGCCCUGGAGAUGACGCAGGGGAGAUUGUGUUGGCAGCUUGCACAGCACGAUCGGGACAAAACAUAUCUGCAGCAAGCUCAGCAGGAGCUGGCGGCCGUGAGAAAGACGGAGCAGAGCUUGCGUGAGCAGCUUUCAGGAGCUGUUGAAACCACCUGUGUGUGGCAGCGUCAAAACCAGCGCGCCACGAUUGCCCGCAACAUCAGCACCAACGCCUCCCAGCAGAACCAGUGCAACUAUGAGAUCGCCAGGCUGGAGAAGCCGCCUGAGGCCGUGCUGCAGCCGCUGCCUGCAGCCGACGGCCUGGCGCGGCAGUGGCUGUUCUUCCUGCACAUGCCGCCUGCCUUCCGGCGCCUCGCACGCCUCAGCUUCCUGGCGCAGCAGGUGCUGCUGCCGCGGCCCCUUGGCGCCUGGAGCCCAGAGCUGGCAGCUGUGCAGAAAGCUGUGACGGUGCAGCAGCCACACACAUCCGCAGUCCAGUACUACAACCAGCGCCGCAGCUGCCGCACAUACUUAUCCUCUGCCGGUCAUCAGCUGGCAGACGGACAAGACGGCUGCGUCAAGUUGUAUGCGGACGGCCAGCUUCCCAGCCACGUUGGCCCCGCAAGCAUCGAGCUGUACACCUCUCCGGCCGACGGCGUGUGGCAUCCGGACUCCCUGCGGCCCAGCAUGCUGUGGGGCGGCAGCGGCAGCACCGCCGACAGCGGCAGCGGCCUCCCGUCGUACUUCAACCCGUUCGCGGCCGUGAACGAGAACACCAUUGAGGAAUUCUUCACGGAGCGGCUGCCGGACAGCGCGGCGGCGCUGCAGUGGGCGGCGCACCAGCGCAUCUCGGCGCAGGCCACACCGCCCGAGCGCAGCAACUGGGCACUGGCGGGCCAAGACGCCUGCCCGGCGGAGCUGCUGUCCAAGGCCGCCUUCCUGCAGUUCGGCCGCAUGCGCGCCUACCCGCUGCAGCAGCUGCGAAACCUGUGCGAGGUGCUGCGGCGGCAGGACCAGGCGCUGCCGCUUACCGAGCCGGCGGUGCAGGUCCUGCUGCGUCAGCUGCUGUUUCAUGUCGGCGCCUUGACCAUCGACAGCAACAUCAGCACUGAUGGCGCCCGGCCACAGCUGAUUUGGCGCACGGGCUGGGAGCAGCCCGGGGACGUGCUUGACACGCUGUGCUCGGAGCUGGGGGCCCUCGCCGACACCCUGGACGGCAAGGUGCGCGACCACGACGCCAUCCUGCUGUUGGGCGAGAUGGCGGCGUACCUGGCGGACUGGCACUCGCCAUGCAGCGCCGUGGCGCGCCGCUUUGCCGCGAUCGCCAUGCUUGAGGCGGACCGGAUGCAGGUGGAGCUGGAUGCAGCUGCGGGGCUGGCGGCAGACGAUCGGCGCGUGUCAGAGCUGCUGGCGCGGCUGGUGCGCUGGCGGGUGAUGGCACUGUUAUGCUACGGCGCCGGACCGCUGUCGCCCGCUGCUGCCGGCCGCGGCGCACGGCAGCAGCAGAGCAAGGACGCAGCCACAAUGGUGCGCCUGAUGGUGCAGGUCUGCCACGGCCUGACGUUUCAGACGGACAGGGCCAUGCAGCAGGAGCUAGAGCUUCUGCGCACUCGUGCGCACAACGUCAUGGCGUCCCGCGUGCAGCGCCUUGGGGAGCUGCUCACAUCUGAGGAUCUCACGGCGGCAGUGGCGAGCGUAUUGGAGCGCACGCCUGACUCGCUGCUCUGGCAGCGCCUCAGUCAAGCGCAGCAGCUCACAGCCUGCUACCGGGCUGAGGGCGCGGACGGGCGGCUCUACUCCAUCAACAUCCUGGACGGGACUGUGCUCUUCGACGGGUGGCCGCCCAGCCGGCUGCCCAAGGACAUUACUCAGCAUCCGCUGUACAAACGCACCUUCGGCAACUUCAACUUCGAGGUCGCAUUCACCGGCGGGGCAAGCUCGGCAAGUCAGGGCGGCGGUGCGGUGGUGCUACAGACGCUGCGCAAGGUGCGGGGCCGGCGCUACGACUUCCGCCUUUGCGCCGCAGCAGGUGGCAAGCAGCAGCAACUCGUGAUCACGGAGAUGGACGUGGAACACGGGGACGAGCGGCUCGAGCUGCUGGACGCGGGGCCGGACAGCAGCUGCGAGGGGUGGGGCGAGCAGCUGCCGGUGAGGCUGCGGGAGCUGCACAGCCACUGGCUGAGCCGGCAGCGCGGCGUGCUGGUGUUGCGGCCUCGCAGUUUCCAAGAGCAUGACUGCAUGUACGUCAUCACGUGCAUGUCAAUUAAAAGCAGUGGCAGCGUAGGAGGAAGCCUCCCAGUGCCCGUUAACACGGCCACACAGUGUGCGUACAGUUGCUGGCGUGUGCCGCGGCACUCGCAGUCGUGGCUCUGGCGGCAGCUGCUUCUUGCGGCGCCACCACUGCUGGUGGACCGCCUAGUGCUGCCGCAGGGCUCUAAGCUAGUGGACAACAUCCUGGCCAAAUUUGAGGAGCCGCGCUUCAUCCAUACCUUCCUCAGCGUCUCCAGCGAGGUUUCAUUCGAGCUGCCGCGCUGCGGCCUGGAAUUCAGCAUGCAGAGGAAGCGGCCGGGAUCUUUUUUUUGGGGUGGCGGCGAUGCCUGCUGCCAGCUCAUCUCACGCAACUACACUGGCUAUCGCUUGCGGCGGUUACAGCUGCUUGCGGAGUGCUGCGGCGUGAGUGGCUCCGCGGCAGGGGCGUGUGGCGACAACGGCAGCAACAGUAGCAGCAAUGCUGCAGCUGCAGCCGCGCGAGGCAUCUACACGCUGCCUGAGUUCCGACAGUACCUGGUCCUGGAGCGUAUCCCGCAGCCUGCGGUGGCGUCCAUGGGAGGUCAGCGCGCAGACGUGCUGGUGCUCGUGCCGGCGGGCGCAGUGCAAAGCAGCCUGUGGGAGGAAGGCAGCGGUGGAAAGGUAGCAGUCAGCGUCACCCUCCCCUCUGGCAGCCAGGCAAGCGUCAACUUCCACUGCUACGAAGUUCACGGGCGUUUCGGCCACCUGCGUGCGCCCAACCGCCUGGCGCGGCUGCAGCUGGCGGCGUUGUACGCCGCCACCUCCACGCUGCUGCCGGAGCCGGGCAGUCGCUGCACCGGGGCCCAGAUGGCCAUGGAGCUGCUGCGGCAGUGCUGGAGCACCCGGCCGCUUGAGGCGGCUGAGGCGGAACAGCUGGCGGCGGUGGGGCGCUUAGGCGGGCACCUGGCGCCUGGGUUGCAUUUGCUGGCACAUGACCUCGCGGCCAGUGCCGUGCAGCUCGCGCACCUGCAUGCGGUGCCGGCGGACAAACCUGCGGCGGCUGCAGCCGACGGCCCAGGCGCUGCCGGCGGUGGGGACAUUGCUGCCCGCUUUGAUGCGCAAGACACCGCCAUCAUGCCCCGGCUGUGUGCCGACCAUGCUCAAGCCUACGAGGAGCUGCAGAGGUCCGCACACGCCGCCCUACCGCCUGGCUGGGGCGCACACCCGCGGCUGCUGCUGACGCCCGUGGAGGAGGAGCGGACUGUGGGUGUGCACGUGCCUCGUGAACCCCUGCCCGCGUGGCAUCGGUUGCGCCAGUUCGAGGCCAUUGCUGCGCUUGGCGAGGCCCUGCCGCUGGCAGUUAGCUAUGUGGAGGAUACGGAGGCAGAGCUGCAGGACUUGCUACUGCCGCCGGCACCCGCAGUGGAUGGCGCCAGCAGCCAGGCGAUGCCGCCCUACCCGCUUUCAGCGGCGGCUCGUGUGCGUCAACGGCGGCACCUUGAGGCGGAGAUGCACGCUGAGCUGGAGGACAGCUGGAACGCCCACCAUUUGCAGCGGGACCUUGCGACGUACAGCGUCAAGCCCGGGUGCCUGGACCGCGUGCGGGCAAUGCAGGCUACGACAAGCCGCCACCGCCGCAACCUGGAGGCCCACCUGCUGCACCAGCUAAUGCAUGUGCCCGAGUCUGUGGGCUGCCAUGGAGCCAGCAUCCGCUUGCUGCGCGCCGCAGCCACCGCUCCCGCAGCCGGGCCCCUCGACCUGGCCCGUGUGGCGGUGCGCCCAGAGCUCGUCAAUGAGUUCAACCCCUUCCUAUCGCCGGAAGCGGCGCAGGAGCUGCAGCGGCGGGUGCGGUUGUGGCUGAGGCUGUGUGUGCUGGAGGACAGGCUCGGGCGAAUCGUGGCGCUGGCGGCGGCGCGGAGGGCGGAAGGCGACUGCCUGCCACAACUGGUGCAGGAGCUGAGCGUGCACCGCACGUGGGACGCGGCGGCGCACCCCGAGUGGCUGGUGUUCGAGGUGGAGUCGCAGCUGCAGAUCCGGCCGCAGCAGCACACCGUGGCCCGCAUGCUGAUGGAGGGCGGUGACGGGCCCAUCGCGCAGCUCAACAUGGGCGAGGGCAAGACGCGCGUCAUCCUGCCCAUGCUGCUGCUGGCGCUGGCGGACGGAAAGCGGGUGGUGUCGCUGACGUUCCUGUCCACGCUGCUGGAUGAGGCCUACGCCUACCUACACGGGGCGCUGUGUGCGGGCGUGCUGGGCCGCAAGCUGUUCACGAUGCCCUUCCAACGCGACAUCGAGCUGACACCGGCGCGUGCCAUGCGCAUGCGUGCAGCCCUGGCGCACUGCAUGCGAGAGCGCGGUGUGCUGCUGCUUGCACCGGAGCACCGCCUGUCGCUGGAGCUCAAGUGGAAGGAGUACCUGCUGCAGCUGCGGCAGGCAUCGGUGCCAGCAGCUGCAGGCACGGGCAGUAACGGCGGCGACGUGGAGGCGCUGCUAGCCGCUGUGCUCAAGACGCCGGUCCUCAGCAUCCUGGACGAGAGCGACGAGCUGCUGCACCACAGGUUCCAGCUCAUCUAUGCGUGCGGCGGCAGGGUUCCCCUGGUGUCCUUCGAGGCCCGCACCGGCGCCAUGCGGGCCGUGCUGGGUGCUGUGGCCCAGCUCGCCAACAGCGGCCAGCUGCAACUCCCGCACUCCACUCGGGUCCUGGAGCCGCCGCCUGCUGUGGACCCUACCGACGCAGAAUGCUCCGUGGGCUCUGCUGCUGUUCCGGCGGGCGCGUUCUGCGGCCUGCGGCUGCUGCCGGGCCCGGACCUGGAGGCCGCACUGCCCGCCUUCCACCAUCAGCUGGCGCGUCACGUGCUGGACCACCCGCCCUUCGAAUUCCAGAAGCUGACGAAGCUCCUGGACGAGGGUUCAAAGGUGCGGGUCAUGACCUGCAUCACUGACGCGGACACGGAUGCGGAGACUGCGUUGGGCGCGGAGUUGCUUGACAAGCUGGCUGGCGGGGUGCUGCACUCGUUUGUGCUGGCGCUGCGCGGGCUGCUGGGCUGCGGCCUCCUGCGGCACGGGCUGACGCUGCGGCACAACGUCGAGUAUGGCAUAGACAGACGCACGGCCGCUGCUGGUGUCCGCACGCGCAUGGCCGUGCCGUACCGUGCCGCGCACACGCCCUCGGAGCGCUCCGAGUUCGCGCAGCCCGACGUGUCGCUGCUGCUGACGCACCUGGCCUACCGCUAUGAUGGGCUGACCCUGCCCGAGUUCACUGCCGCGGUGGAACGGCUGCUGCACGGGCUGGGCAAGGAGGCGGCUGCCGACCACUACCGGGAGUGGCUGGUGCUGUCGGCUGAGAGCAUCCCGAAGGAGGAGCUGUCUCGCUUCAAGGAUGUGAACCAGCUGGACGCCAGCAGCGGCUCCCAGAUGGCGGCCAUGCACCGCCACCUGCGCCGCAACACCGCUGUGGUGGACUUCUGGCUGCGCUUCUGUGUGCUGCCGGCCGAGACGCGGCAGUACCCGCAGCGGCUUGGCGCGAGUGCCUGGGACCUGGCGGCGGCAGGUGGCCGCGUCAUGGGCUUCAGCGGCACCAACGACAACUACCGGCUGCUGCCGCUGCGUGUGCGCCAGGCGGCGGCGGAGGACCCUGCGCUGAAGGCCACCAACGGCAAGAUGCUGUCCGUCCUCCUGCAGAACACCCACGGCUUCCACACGCUGCCGCCCGCGGAGGACGCUGGCGGCGUGGCGGUAUGGCAGUCCCUCCUGCAGAUGGCCCUGGACAAGUCGGCACACGCGCUGAUCGACUGCGGAGCUCUGCUGGCGGGCACAACCAACAGGCAUGCCGCGGAGUUCCUGCUCGCCGAUCCGCGCCUGCAGCAGCUCGGCUUCCGGGGCGUCACAUUCUACGCCGAGAGGGAGCGCGGCUGGGCGGUGCUGGAGCUCACCGGCCGCUGCCUGCCCCGCUCCAGCUCGCCGCUGCAGGAGCACGAGACGUUUGUUAUCUAUGAUGAGGCGCGCUGCCGCGGCGCGGACCUGAAGCUGAAGCGGAAUGCGGUAGCGUUGCUCACGCUGGGGCCGCGCGUGUGCAAGGACAAGCUCAUGCAGGCGGCGGGGCGGCUGCGGCAGCUUGGCCGAGGCCAGGCACUCCGCUUUGCUGCGACGGCCGACAUUGCUGCCCGCGUGACAUUGCUGCCCGCGUGGCUGAGUGCCCGCGUGACAUUGCUGCCCGCGUGGCUGAGUACCCGCGUGACAUUGCUGCCCCCGUGGCUGAGUACUGCGGCUCCCGCAUCAGCCGGCGGUACAGCCAGCAGUGCUGCUGGCGCGUGCCCUCGCGCAGUCGACGUGCUGGCGUGGGUGAUGGGCAACACCGUGGACGCCAACCUGCACGGCGUGGCGCUGUGGGCAGCGCAGGGGCUGCAGUUUGCGACCGCGCUGGGCGCUCCGCAGCUCUCCCUGCAGGAGGAGGUGCUGGGGCUGGAGGAGCUUUAUGCGGGGAGCAAGGCGCCACGCCCGGUGGUGGCGGUGGUGGCGGCGGCGGCAGCCAAGCAGCUGCGUUGGCGUCAGAAGCAGUGCGGCUCAUCAGCAGGCGGCACGGCAGCCGGAGGACGGCGGAUGUACACAGCGGCAGAGCUGAUGGUUGAGAUCCAGGACCUGGCGGCACGCUACGGCGAGGGCCACACCGUGCGUGCCGGCAGCGGCGCGGACGACACGUGUGAGCGGGAGCUGGAGCUGGAGCAGGAAGAGGAAGAGGAGCAGGAGCAGGAACGGCAGGUUCCCAAGCAGCGGCCCGCGCCGGAGGCAGACUGGUCAUCGUACAGGUGUAUCAACUCCUCAACUAUGGACCAACUCACAUCCGAAACACGCUGUAGGCUGCUGCCACUCCGCGAUGCGGUGACCCGGCUGGACAGCCAGGACCCGGCGCAGCCCAUGGCGGCCCUGCCCUGGUCGGACAAGGUGUACGUCAGCCACAACUACCUGCACGCCAUUGCGGGGCUGCCGCCGGGCCAGCCGCUGAACGAGUACCUGCGGCCGGUGGGCUGGCUGCUGGUGCUCAAGCGCGGCGAGGUGCUGCUGCUGUCGGAGCGCGAGGCAGACCAGCUGCUGGCAGCGACCUGGGCCGAUGCACCGGCCGCGAAGGGCACCACCAGCUUCCGCCACCGCCUGGUGCGCUACCUCGCGGACACCGCCUCGAAGCGGGGCCCACUGCUCGUGAGCCAGGCGUACGCGUGGCAGGCGGCGGCGGUGUCCUCGGCCACGCGGCCGCUGCUCGUCACCGACCUGGGUUUGACGACGGCCGGCAUUGUGCAGGACGCCGCGGACGCGUGGGCUGAGCUACGGCGGCGGCUGGGUGUUCGGGAGCUGGUAAGCGUGCGGGUGUUUGCCGGCGAGACCUCGUACCGGGUCACGCGACUUGCAGGUGCCAACGGCACCGCAGCCAGCAGCGGUUCAGCAGCCACGGCAGCAGUUGAGGCGGAGCUGCAGCGGCUGGUGGCGGGGCGGCGGCCGCAGGUGCAGCAGCUACUGGUGAUGCGCGGCCGUCAGUCGCAGAUGGCGCGCAGUGACCUGGAGAAGGCGGUGGAGGGGCUGCAGCUGCAACUGUAGAGAGGGGUUGCGUAUGCGCACCCCCGACGGCUGGCGCGGAUUGAUGGGGCUUGCGGCGGGGCUGGACGGUUAAGUUGUGGUUUGGUGAACUGACGUGGAGGGCUUGAACCUGAAUGCCAAACAGAUUAAGGGUUAGUGGCACUCCAUUGUGCAUGUUGCGUAUGCAAGUGGUGGAACAAGGGAUGCUCGGUACGCAUUGGAAAGUGGCUGGUGCGGCGAUGCAGGGUUGUUUGCGGGGCUGGACAGCAAGGCUGUUGUGAAGGGCAGCCUGUGAGUGCCAGUUGAGCGCGGUAGGCUUGGCUGCGAAGAGGUAUCGUUGCAGACACGUUGCCUACGUUGCUGAAGCCAACUAUGGAUUAGAGCUGUCGCUCGGCUGAUCGAGAGAAUGGUUGAUUGUUGGAUAAACGUAGUGACUCAAUGCCACAGUGCGGCACUGGAAAGCGAUUGUGCACUUUACAGCACCUGAAAACGUGUCCGGAAUUAGCACCUGCUGGGGUGGCAGCCGAGGACC